UUGCUUAAAUUUUAUUGAUUUUUCUCUCAAUUUUUUCCGAUUGACACAUAGUGAGCUAUUAGAAUUGGUCAAGUCUUUUGAUAGUGUUAACGAUGGUUGUAUUUAUAAAUAAAGAUUUGAAUGUUUGACAUUAAAGUGUUUGAAUCCUUGUUUCCUAAAUUCAAAGUAACCGCGAAUACUGGUUAUUCUUACCAAAACUAAGCAUAACCAACGCACCUCUAGUUGUUGAGUUGAUGAGCUGUUCAAUUCACUAAAGCUUUAUAGUCGUCUUAUAACCUAACCUUCUCUUGCUCCCUUCUCUUUCUUUCUCUAUCCAUCUUUUUUCCUCAUCAUCAAUUUUUUUUAUCUUAGCUUGAAUUUUUAUUUAAUUGUCAGAUUGAUUCUUGUUUAUCUUUACCUUCAAAUUGAAUAGAAUAUCAACUAACCAAGAUGGGUAAUGUGUUUGCCAAUCUAUUUAAAGGACUCUUCGGUAAAAAAGAGAUGAGAAUAUUGAUGGUUGGUUUAGAUGCCGCUGGUAAAACUACCAUCCUUUACAAGCUUAAACUUGGUGAAAUCGUCACUACCAUUCCUACCAUAGGAUUCAACGUUGAGACGGUUGAAUAUAAAAACAUAAGCUUCACUGUUUGGGAUGUAGGUGGACAAGACAAGAUUAGACCACUUUGGAGGCAUUAUUUCCAAAACACACAAGGCCUUAUAUUCGUGGUUGACUCCAAUGACAGAGAAAGAAUUGGCGAAGCUCGGGAAGAAUUGAACCGUAUGCUGGCUGAAGAUGAGCUCAGGGAUGCUGUACUCCUUAUAUUCGCCAACAAACAGGACCUUCCGAAUGCAAUGAAUGCUGCUGAGAUCACCGAUAAACUUGGCCUACAUUCCCUUCGUAGUCGUAACUGGUACAUUCAAGCAACUUGUGCGACAAGCGGUGACGGUCUUUACGAAGGCCUCGAUUGGCUUUCAAAUCAAUUGAAGAGUCAAAAGUGAACAUCAGGUUCAGGUAACAAUUAUGGUUAAUUACAAAAUUAAGAACAAUUAUGAUUAAUAAAAGUCUUUGUUUUCUUAAACAAAUUAUCAAGUUAACUAAAUCAUCUUAAUCUCUUUCCAUGUGUAGACCUUUUCUAUGAGUUUUUAAUUUAAUGUACAUCUACACAUCACGAAACUGUUUCUGGAAAGAAGUAACUUGUAUCAAUUAUCUAUCAUGAUUAAAUGUCAGCAAUUUUGAUUAUAAAAAGAAA